AGUCUGCUUCCCUAAAGAUUAUAGCUUGAAAGCUUGUGGGGCCGUUCUACUCUAUCCAACAGGGUCGCUAUGAGUCAGAAUGGACUCCACAGCAGUGUUUUUUUUUUUUUUUAGAACGAGAAUAAGACCAGACCACCACAAAUGCGUGGAAACCUCCGAGGUUCCUAGAAAGAACGCGACCAGAAGCACUGUUCCGCUGAAAAGGCGGGCGUUAUGACGCACUUCCGGCCUUUGUAGUUUAUCAUUCCCUGGGUUGCGGUUGUCAAGGAUUCAGAGGUGGAGCGAUCUGGGCCAGCUGGCCUGUCGUCUCACGGAUGCCUCGAUCUCAGGAUUUCCAAAAGAAAAGAUCCAGGAGGACUUACCAAGAAUAGAUUCUUUUUUGAACAGUUAUGCCUAAAAUGGCCACAGACUUGGCCUUUCAAACUCCAGAGAUGCAGGAGGGACUUCUCUCAGUGAAGAUAAAGGAGGAAGGAGAGGACCAGCCCUGUGGGCGAGAAUCUGGCCUGCCAAGAAAUAACCCUCACAACAGAGAGAUCUUUCGUAGACGUUUCAGGCAGUUCUGCUAUCAGGAGACACCUGGCCCCCGGGAUGCUCUUCGAAGACUUCAGGAGCUCUGCCAUCAGUGGCUGAGGCCAGAGAUACACACCAAGGAGCAGAUCCUGGAGCUACUGGUGCUGGAGCAGUUCCUGACCAUACUGCCUGAGGAGCUCCAGGCCUGGGUGAGAGAACACCGCCCUGUGAGUGGAGAGGAGGCAGUGACGGUACUGGAGGAUUUGGAAAGAGAGCUGGAUGAGCCAGGAGAGCAGACCCCAACCCAUGCUCAUGAACAGGAAGAACGUAUGAAGAAGAAGGCAACUCUAGGAGCAGCCCAGAAGCCAUCACGUGCCCACCUCCAAACCUUGGAGGAGCAGCAAGAGGAGUGCCUGAUUCAGGAGAUUGAUGGCAAAGCUGGGACUUGGGAUGUGGCGUUAGCUCCAAAGAGGGAGAUUUCUAAAGAAGUGAAAUGUCUUGUGGAAGAACCUGGAAAACUGAAUGGUAAUAUUCCUCAGGUCCCUGAAUGUGGAGACACCUGUGACAAUGAGGGCAGAUUGGAAAAGCAGCGAAUAAGCUCUUCAGUGGAGAGACCCUAUAUCUGUAGUGAAUGUGGGAAAAGCUUCACCCAGAACUCCAUCCUUAUCGAGCACCAGAGAACACAUACAGGCGAGAAGCCCUAUGAAUGUGAUGAGUGUGGGCGGGCCUUCAGCCAGCGAUCAGGCCUGUUUCAGCAUCAGAGACUUCACACAGGAGAGAAGCGCUACCAGUGUAGCGUUUGUGGCAAAGCCUUCAGCCAGAAUGCUGGGCUUUUCCAUCACCUCAGAAUCCACACUGGGGAAAAACCUUACCAGUGCAAUCAGUGCAGUAAAAGUUUUAGUCGGCGUUCUGUUCUCAUUAAGCAUCAGAGAAUUCACACUGGAGAGAGACCUUACGAAUGUGAAGAAUGUGGUAAGAACUUCAUUUACCACUGUAACCUCAUCCAGCAUCGGAAAGUCCACCCUGCAGCUCAAUCCAACUAACUCCUUGGAACAGGUAGGGCAAAAUUUCCUGAUGUCAGACCGUUAGUCAAAAUAGCAGAGAUACCUACUGCUUCUUACUUUGUCCCUGAAAGAACAGUAAUACUUUAAUCCUCGAGCCUGGAAAGCUCCAGGGAAAGCGAAUGAAAAUGCUUAUGUGAACAGAAGCAUAAUAAUGCCGUAAAUACAUCAGUCAGGUUUUCUGUGGGCAGUGACAUCCAUACAUAGCUUUGCCAUACUGAAUAUUGCUUCUUGUUUCAACUUCAUCAUAAUAUAUACUAUAGAUGUUGUCCCACACAUACUUGUGCAAGAAGUUUCCUAGGUGUGCUUCAGGAAGACUCUUAUUAAUCCUAGUUUUAAAAAAAACUUUUAAAAAUGUUAAAUAUUUAAAAAGUAGUUAAAAAACUUCUGCAGCCUGAUUACAGAAUAACACCAAAGGCAGUUCACUGAUUAUUUAAAAAUUAAUUUAAAAAUAAUUGUAGUAUAAUGUGUAAUGUAAAUUACCAUACUUCUUUCCAUGCUCAUAAGAUAUGUUAAAAUGCCUUUUAAUCUACAAAAGGGGGCAGAUGAAUCCUCCCAUAUAAAUGUUUUUCCCUAUAGAGUUUUAGGAACUCGGUCUUUAGUCAAGGACCAAGAAAUCGAAGCAACCAUAUAUUAUUAGCUUCUUACUGGCUAGUCACAACGAAUGUUGUUCAUGAUUUUAAAUUUGUGAAGAGACAAAGAAAUUUGACUAAAAAUGUGAUAUUUCACUUCAGAUCUUUGUUACAAAAAUAUAAUACUUUUUGCAUUUUUCCUGUGACAUAAUAAUCACUGCUUUUUUUUUUUUUGCUUUUUUGUUCCUUAUUUAACCUUUUGUUAUGGAAAAUUUCAGACAUAUUCAAAUGUAGAGAGAAGAGUACAUGAUCAGUCUUCCAUGCUGAUUGCUUUUUUAUAACUUCCACACUUGAGAGCAUUUUCUAUUGAUUAUCUGGAAGGUCAUACAUACAUAAAUUGCUUGUACUUAACUCUGUUUGACUGUUUACAAAGCUUUGUACUAGGCCCAGGAUACAAAGAAAUGGAAAGCCUAUGGAGAGAACAAUCUGGUUUGGAAGACCAAAUAUACAGCGGAUGACUUAAGAAAAAUAAAAGAGCUAUAUAUAGGAAGCUUAGCAAUUACUUCUGCAUUCUCUUAUUUGAUAGAUAAGGAAAUGGAGGCUCUGGGAAGUAAUUGUCCAAAAUCACAAAACUAGUUAAUAGCAGAGCUGGAACCAGAAUCCUAUUUUCUAAUUCCUGUUGCAAUGCUUUUUGUACAAAGCCACUGGAAACAUAUCACCAAAUAGAAAUUAUAAGUACGCAGAACUUACAGAAUUUAUAAGUCAUUGAGGUUUUGCUCUGUAGCUUAACAAGCCCUCCCAUCUAUAUGUUUCAAUAAAUGCAUAAUCCCUAAGUUUACUUCGCAAUGGAGUUCCAGGAAAAGCCCCUCCCCCCAGCCCCCACAACUUAUCCCUCAUUUGAGGUAUUUUAUUUAUUUUGUAGUGAUCCCUUGUUUUUACCUUUUAAUAUUUAAUUUACUUAGAGGCACUUUUUUUAAAAAAGGUAAUACUUCUUCACAUGGUUUGAAAAUCAAAUCAAUAUAAAAUAGGUCCCCAUGUUUCCCUUAUAGGUAGCCAUUUUAUUAGUUCCUUGUGUAUCUUUCAGUGCUUCAUUAUGUAAAUACAAGAAGAUCUGAACAUAUAACCUUAUUUCCCCCAUGACACAAAAAGGUGGCAUACUGUUUACACUCUUCUACACCUUGCUGAAUUCAUGAAACAGUAUAACCUUUAGAGACUACACAUCAUUACAGAGAGCUUUGUUGUUCUUUUUAUAAGUAGAUAGCAUUUCAUUUGUCUGUGUACCGCAGUUUGUUUAAUAGAACUCCAUAGAUGAAAAGGAGCCCUAGUGGUACAGUGGUUAAAAGCUCAGAUGCUAACCAGGUCAGCAGUUUGUACCCACCAGCCGUUCCUUGGAAACUUUAUAGGUCAGUUCUACUCUGUCCUAUAGUGUCAUUGUGAGUCAGAAUCAACUCGAUAGUAAAAGGUUUAUAGAUGAAAAUCACUAUUUGCAAAUGUUAUAUAUUCUGUUUCAUUCUUCACAAUUUAGUCCAAGUCAAGCUCUUUCUAUUUAAAAGCUAACA